UCUCACUCGGAUCUCUGUUGCCAAUCUAAGAGGAUGGCUCAGGCUCAGGGCUGCUCUGUUUUCCUGGUGUUUUUUCUGGCGUUUUCACCAGGAGGUGCUUUCUAUUUGACUGUGCUGGAACGGUGCCAGUUUAGCUCAACUGACGGUCAUGAUGCCGUGUUACUGGAUCAGAUUUACUUCAACAAAAUACUGGAAGGACAAUACAACAGCACUGUAGGAAAAGCGAUUGGGUACACAGAAAAAGUUGAAGCACUUGUCAUUUUUCUAAACAACAAUACUGGGUUUAUUACUCACGAGAUAUGGAAAACAAACCUCUGCAAAAGAAAUACUCCACUGGCACAAAAACUACUAACACCAGUGGAGCCCUAUGUUCAGUUGAGGUUAGAGAAGGCAGAGUACAGUCAACAUCAGCAGAUGCUCAUCUGCAGCGCGUACGACUUCUAUCCAAAGCAAAUCAGGGUGACGUGGCUGAGAGACGGAAAGGAGGCCACAUCUGAUGUGACAUCCACGGACGAGCUGCCCAAUGGGAACUGGCUUUAUCAGAUCCACACCUACCUGGAGUUCACACCUAAACCUGGAGAGAAAAUCACCUGCAUGGUGGAGCAUGCAAGCCUCAAGAAACCAAAUCUUUAUGACUGGGGGCUGCUGCUCGGUUUGGUGUUUUCAAUUGCUGGCUUCAUCUAUUACAAGACAACAUCAAAUGGACGGGUGGUGGUGCCUACAACAGAGGAUGUAUGUCCAGAAGAAACCCUUUAGGCUGCAGAAAUGUUGAGAAGCCCCACACACAUCUAUCAACCACUGGAAACUGGUCUUAAUAUUUGAGAGACUACAAGCCUUCACAUGCCUGAAGUUUUUAUCAUUUAGCCUUUUACACAUUUCUGCAGACAAAAAUAUUGCAGCAUAUUUAUUUCAUACUGUACUAACACACUAUUGUAAAACUGCAAUAAAUAAACCUGUUCUUUGUCAUUUUC